AUGCAGCAUCGCCAACAACGAAACUAUCAAGGACCGGCGCCUUUACAUCCCGCACAACAUCAGCCGCGCAGUGUGAGCAGCAAUAGUCAACCCGAGCAGCAGCCGUAUCCCGUGGCUGGUCCGUACAAUCCGCAAAUCGGCCUACAGUCGCCUUUUCUGGGCAAUCAACCACAUUUUCAAGCACAUCCGACGCCCGACAGUUCUUACUAUCCAUCAAACCCUAGUCCACGAAGUCAACACAGUACAGCUGGACCGUAUUAUCCAGCUGAGAAGCCCGAUUCUAUGGCAGCAGCCGCGACGAUGCAGCGACCUUACCCUCCGUCCAUCUACAACACGCCACAAUCGAACUCGCCUGCGUCGGUAACUUCUCCUCAAUCUCAUGACCCUGCUCGACCAAUGUACGGGCACCCAGGCCCGCAACUUGGACAAGGUAUCUAUGGGUAUCCUCAACCAUAUCCGCCGAUGAACCAGCCGACGAGUUAUGGGCACAAUCAGAACCAGCAGCAGCAACACCCGAUGGGUAAUCAGCCAAUGAUGCAAUAUCCUCAGACAACACCUCAAGCUCAGUCUGCUCCUCCGAGCGGGUCUAGUGCGGCGCCUGGGCCUAUUCCAGCAACCACGCCUCUGGUGGUCAAACAGGAUAGCACUGGCGUUCAAUGGAUCGCUUUUGAGUACUCAAGAGAUCGCGUCAAGAUGGAGUACACGAUUCGGUGCGAUGUCGAGUCGAUCAACACGCACGAGCUCUCACAGGACUUCAAGGCAGAAAACUGCGUGUACCCGCGUGCGACAGUGGCAAAGGAACAGUACAAAGGGAACAGACAUGGCUACGAGACAGAUUGCAAUCAGGUUGGCUGGGCUUUGGCAGAAUUGAAUCCUUGCUUGAGGGGCAAAAGAGGCUUGAUCCAGCGAGCAGUGGAUAGCUGGAGGAACAGCAAUCAAGAUCCUCGCCUACGAAGCCGCAGAGUCCGUCGACAAGCCAAGGUUACGACACGGACAUCAAAAAUGGGGGGUGCCGCGGGCAAUCAAACACCGGGACCGAGUGCACCUGGCUCGGCAGGGCUUCCUGGUCAACAAUCGAUGCCAGCUCCCAGCUCGCGACCACCCGGCCCCAUGUCGUCUGCCCCUCAGUCACUUCAUCACCACGGCCAGGAUAUGUCGCCCACAGGUCACGAUAACAUGCCACCAUCCGCAUACAAUCAACCACAUCAAAGUUAUCGUCAGAGCCCCGUCAGUCAACACAUGCCCAGUCCACAGGACCUUCGACAAGCACAGGUUUUCCCUGGCUACCAAAAUUAUCCUCAAGUUCCCACAAGCAUGUCUUCUAUGCCACCCGCCAUGCAACCAGGAAUGCACCAUUUAGGCCGGCCAGGUGGACCUGCUGCAAUGGCAUCUAGCGACGCCGAUAUGAAAAAUUCCGACGACAUCGCUCUCUUUGGCGACGUUCCGGAAGACAAGAGACGCAAGUUCAUUCUGGUUGAGGACACACAGAAGAACGCCCGUGUUCGCGUCAAAGUGACGCUUGAUCAGAUUGAAAUGAGCGAGAUACCCGACUCCUAUCGCAAGCAGAACUCAGUCUUUCCAAGGGCAUACUACCCUGUGCAGAUGCAAGGGGACAGAGACUCGACUCGAGACGGCAGAUAUGCCGAGGAGGGCGACGAGGUAGAUGCGGGCGCUCCUGUUGCCGGUCGGACGAACGUACCAGUCGAUCUAUCUGGUGGAGAAGGAGAGAUUGCUGUACCCAAGAUCUCAAAAGCGAAGCGCUCGCGCGAGGAAAAGGUCAAUGAGCUAGGCUACCGCAUGGCUUGGGGUCAAGGACGUGUCUUCUCUGGCCGGCCUGUGUUCCUUGCUCGAGCAUUGGAUGCCUAUCGCAGCAAGCAGAGAAGCACGCUCAUAUCUGCUGGGCAAGACGCCGCCGUCAUUCCUGACCACCUCGAGACUCGACCUGGGAAGAGACGAUGGCUCGAACGUCAGAAUGCAGCUUCGUCGCCUGACCAUGGGCAAGCAGACGCGUCUUCCGAGUAG